GCGUGGAACCUGCGGCUGGGCCUUCCGUAGCUGCGGUGGUCUUUCCUCAGCAGUGCGUACUCUCAGCGCUGCCAUGGACCUCGCAGCGGCCGCAGAGCCCGGCACCGGAAGCCAGCACCCGGAGGUGCGCGACGAGGUGGCCGAGAAAUGCCAGAAGCUGUUCCUAGACUUCCUGGAAGAGUUCCAGGGUAGUGAUGGAGAAAUUAAAUACUUGCAGUUUGCAGAAGAGUUAAUUCGUCCUGAGAGAAACACACUGGUUGUGAGUUUUGCAGACCUGGAACAAUUUAACCAACAACUUUCUACCACCAUUCAGGAAGAGUUCUAUAGAGUCUACCCUUACCUGUGUCGAGCCUUGAAGACAUUUGUCAAAGACCGGAAGGAGAUCCCUUUGACUAAGGAUUUUUAUGUUGCAUUCCAAGACCUACCUACUAGACACAAGAUUCGUGAACUCACUUCAUCCAGGAUUGGGCUGCUCACCCGAAUCAGUGGCCAGGUGGUGCGCACUCACCCAGUUCACCCUGAGCUUGUGAGUGGAACUUUCCUGUGCCUUGACUGUCAAACAGUGAUCAAGGAUGUAGAACAGCAGUUCAAAUACACACAGCCAAAUAUCUGCCGAAACCCAGUGUGUGCCAACAGGAAAAGGUUCCUUCUAGACACUAAUAAAUCAAGAUUUGUCGACUUUCAAAAGGUUCGUAUUCAAGAGACUCAAGCAGAACUCCCCCGGGGAAGUAUUCCCCGAAGUUUAGAGGUUAUCCUGAGAGCAGAAGCUGUGGAGUCAGCCCAAGCUGGUGACAGAUGUGACUUUACCGGGACACUGAUUGUUGUGCCUGAUGUCUCCAAGCUUAGCACACCAGGAGCACGUGCAGAGACUAACUCCCGAGUCAGUGGAGUUGAUGGCUAUGAGACAGAAGGCAUUCGAGGACUCCGUGCCCUUGGUGUCAGAGAUCUGUCAUACAGGCUGGUCUUCCUUGCCUGCUAUGUUGCACCAACCAAUCCAAGGUUUGGAGGGAAAGAACUCAGAGAUGAGGAGCAGACAGCUGAGAGCAUUAAGAACCAAAUGACGGUGAAGGAAUGGGAAAAGGUGUUUGAGAUGAGUCAGGACAAAAACCUGUACCACAAUCUCUGCACUAGCCUUUUCCCUACUAUACAUGGCAAUGAUGAAGUAAAACGCGGUGUCUUGCUGAUGUUGUUCGGUGGUGUUCCUAAGACAACAGGGGAAGGAACCUCCCUUCGUGGGGAUAUAAACGUUUGCAUUGUUGGUGACCCAAGUACAGCUAAGAGCCAGUUUCUCAAGCAUGUGGAUGAGUUCAGUCCCAGAGCUGUCUACACCAGUGGCAAAGCCUCUAGCGCUGCAGGUUUAACAGCAGCUGUGGUGAGGGAUGAAGAAUCUCACGAGUUUGUCAUUGAGGCUGGAGCGUUGAUGCUGGCUGACAACGGUGUCUGCUGUAUUGAUGAGUUUGAUAAGAUGGACAUGCGGGACCAAGUUGCUAUUCACGAAGCUAUGGAGCAGCAGACCAUAUCUAUCACUAAAGCAGGAGUGAAGGCAACUCUGAAUGCCAGGACAUCCAUUUUAGCUGCAGCAAACCCUGUCAGUGGACACUACGACAGGUCAAAAUCUCUGAAACAGAACAUCAAUCUGUCAGCACCCAUCAUGUCCCGCUUUGAUCUCUUCUUCAUUCUGGUGGAUGAGUGCAAUGAGGUGACAGACUAUGCUAUUGCCAGGCGCAUAGUAGACUUGCAUUCAAGGAUUGAAGAAUCAAUUGACCGAGUUUACUCCCUUGAUGAUAUAAGAAGGUAUCUUCUCUUUGCCCGACAGUUUAAGCCCAAGAUUUCCAAAGAGUCAGAGGACUUCAUUGUGGAGCAGUACAAACGCCUCCGCCAGAGGGAUGGCUCAGGGGUCACCAAGUCCUCGUGGAGAAUCACUGUGCGACAGCUUGAGAGCAUGAUCCGACUCUCAGAAUCGAUGGCCCGCAUGCACUGCUGUGACGAGGUCCAGCCUAAACAUGUGAAGGAAGCUUUUCGAUUGCUGAAUAAAUCAAUCAUCCGUGUAGAGACGCCUGAUGUCAAUCUAGAUCAAGAGGAAGAGAUCCAGAUGGAGACGGAUGAAGGACCAGGAGGCAUCAACGGUCAUGCUGACAGCCCUGCUCCUAUGAAUGGGUUCAAUGGCUCCAGUGAAGAGGCCAGUCAGGAGACUGUUUCCAAGCCCUCCCUGAGGCUGGGCUUUGCUGAGUACUGCCGAAUCUCUAACCUCAUCGUGCUUCACCUCAGGAAAAUGGAAGAAGAGGAGGACGAGUCAGCACUAAAGAGGAGUGAGCUUGUCAACUGGUACCUGAAGGAAAUUGAGUCAGAAAUAGACUCAGAAGAGGAGCUCAUAAAUAAAAAGAGAAUCAUAGAGAAGGUUGUUCAUCGUCUCACACACUACGAUCACGUUCUGAUCGAGCUCACCCAGGCUGGACUGAAAGGCUCCAGUGAAGGAAGCGAGAGCUAUGAGGAAGACCCUUACCUGGUAGUCAACCCUAACUACCUGCUUGAAGAUUGAGAUAUUGAAGGUGACUUUACGGCCAGGGACCUGUGGUGUCCUACCCUUAGCCCACCCGGAGACAGUUUCUGGAGCAACGCUUGAGGAUGAUUUAAGAAGUGACAGCUGAUUUCCAUGAUUUCUGUUUAUUUUUGUUAACAUUUAAAACAUCUGUGUGGCAUGAAAACUAAGGGGAAGAUAAAAUGUCUACAUGUGAUACUGUGAUACUAUAGGUUUGACUCAAGAGGUUGGUAGAAUGUUGUAAGACGUAACCUGCUGUUAAUGUUACCUCUGUGGUCGGAAGUGUUUAGCUGUUGAGCUGGAUUCCUUAGUUGACCAAAUUAAGACGGCUUAAGUUACAUCUUAAAAAUGUCACUCCCUGUAGUUAAUUCUGCAUGUGCUAGUCUUAGAAGUAAACACAAGUUAAAACAACUUGACAGGACCUCCCCAAGUGGCUUGUUUUCCAAAGUACCAAGAACAAAACCUUAAGUUUCCCUAGGUCUUGUAACUCAGCAAGGCUUGUGAAUGGAAAUAAUAAUGCCCAAUCACAUUCUGCUUUAAAAGGUAAAUACAGAUGAGAUAAAAAAAAAAAAAAAAAGUGACAGCUGAGUUCAUGGCCCUGUGUGAUUCAUACUGGGACACGCUUGGACACUCUGUGCUUCUUGUCCUAUUGAAGUUGGAACCCAAUCAUGUUCUUUCUGUAAGAACUUUUCUUCAUGUGUAGGAAAAGCCUGCUGCAUUUGUCAUACAUGUGUCUGGAAAUAGCUUUCUUCUGUUUCCAACCCCUGCUUUUACUCAUGAUAAUAAAACAACUUCUUCUGUA